GGAUGGGUGUCAGGGGGCGCAGGCUGUGCAUGGGAUGGGUGUCAGGGGGCGCAGGCUGUGCAUGGGAUGGGUGUCAGGGGGCGCAGGCUGUGCAUGGGAUGGGUGUCAGGGGGCGCAGGCUGUGCAUGGGAUGGGUGUCAGGGGGCGCAGGCUGUGCAUGGGAUGGGUGUCAGGGGGCGCAGGCUGUGCAUGGGAUGGGUGUCAGGGGCGCAGGCUGUGCAUGGGAUGGGUGUCAGGGGGCGCAGGCUGUGCAUGGGAUGGGUGUCAGGGGGCGCAGGCUGUGCAUGGGAUGGGUGUCAGGGGGCGCAGGCUGUGCAUGGGAUUGGUGUCAGCGGGCGCAGGCUGUGCAUGGGAUUGGUGUC